AAGUUAGCAAAUCCACAACCAAACAAGCAACAAAAGAUAGAGAGAGAGAGAAAAUCUAGAGAGAGAUAGAGAGGUAGCUCUGUAUUUCACAAAUUCCAUAUUCCUCUGAACCCCCUCAAAAGACAAACAAAUCGAUGACGACAAAAACAGCCUCUUGUAUUGUCGCCAACGCAGCCAUGGAAAAGUCCUUUAAAACAAGAGCUUUAUUACCGUUUCACUCUUCUUCUUCACUUUGCAACAAAACCUCACAUCACAAACCCAUUAGAGGCCUCAGUGAGCUUUUAUGGAUUAGAGCAGGAAGGAGGGUUUAAGCCAACGAUCGAGGAAGCUUCCCUAGGCAAAAAACUUUCUGGGUUUUCUUUCAAUUUGAAAACCCAGUACGGAAUUUGGAUUUUCGUUUCACAACUUCCUCUCUGCCUCUUUUGGAUUGCUGAAGAAUGUUGUUGGAAAGUAGAUAUAUUUCAUGUUCCUAAUUAAAAAUUUCGAUUCUUGAGGAGCACAGAAAACAGUGCAUUCCAUGAGUGUUCUCUUUGUUGAUCAAAAAAUGGCGCAAGAGGACGGGUCACCUGUAACUUCAUCAGCCAUGUACUUUCCCGGUUUAGGAUCUCCAUACCCUUGGCUUUCCCCUGGUAUAGGGUCUCCAUACCCUUGGCUGAGGGAGCUAAAAUCUGAAGAGCGAGGUUUAUGUCUGAUCCAACUUCUUCAAGGCUGUGCUCAUCAUGUCGCUUCUGGUAGUAUUGAGCAGGCAAAUGUUUGGCUCGAGCAGAUUUCUCAGCUCGCCUCUGCUGGUGGCGAUACAAUGCAGCGAAUAGCGGCUUAUUUCACUGAGGCACUUGCAGACCGAAUGCUGAAAGGUUUGCCUGGUCUAUAUAAGGCCCUUAACUCAACGAAACUAUCAUCAAUCGCAGAAGAAAUUCACAUUAAAAGGCUUUUCUUUGAUCUCUGUCCCUUCUUAAAGCUUUCAUAUGUGAUAACAAAUCAGGCCAUAGUGGAAGCUAUGGAAGGGGAGAAGAUGGUUCAUAUUAUUGAUCUUCAUUCAUUUGAGCCUGCCCAGUGGAUAAAUCUGAUUCAGACAUUAAAUGCAAGACCUGAAGGUCCACCACAUUUGAGAAUUACAGGCAUUCAUGAACAUAAGGAGGUGUUGGAGCAAAUGGCCGCCAGGUUGACAGAAGAAGCUGAAAAACAUGACAUUCCCUUUCAGUUCAAUGCUAUAGUGAGCAAGUUAGAGAAUCUUGAUGUCGAAAGUUUACGUGUCAAGACUGGAGAAGCUCUUGCAGUCUGCUCUGUACUGCAGCUGCAUUCACUCUUAGCAACCGAUGAUGACAUGACCAGAAGGAAAUCUCCAUUAGCAACAAAUAACCUGCAAAAAGUCAUGCAUAUCAAUAAACUCACUUUAGGUGAGUGGCUGGAGAAAGAUCCGAUCAGUGCAUAUAGCCUGAGUCCGGAUUCUUCAUUAUCCCCGCUAUCUUUAGGUGCUUCCCCAAAGAUGGGGAGUUUUUUAACUGCUCUUUGGGGCCUUUCCCCGAAAUUAAUGGUGAUAACUGAGCAGGAAUCAAACCACAAUGGUCAUACACUGAUGGACAGGAUCAUAGAAGCACUGCACUACUAUGCAGCACUUUUUGAUUGCUUGGAAUCUACAGUAUCGAGAGCAUCAAUGGAGCGGCAAAAGGUUGAGAAGAUGCUUUUUGGGGAGGAAAUCAAAAACAUCAUAUCAUGUGAAGGAACUGACAGAAAGGAGAGGCAUGAGAAGCUUGAGAAGUGGAUUUUAAGGCUAGAGUUGUCUGGCUUUGGGAGGGUGCAGUUGAGCUACCAUGGAAGGAUGCAGGCGAAGAAGAUGUUGCGUGACUAUGGCUACGAUGGCUAUGAGAUUAAAGAAGACAAUGGAUGUUUGGUUAUUUGCUGGCAUGACAGACCACUUUUUUCGGUGUCAGCCUGGAGAUUCCGGAGAUACGAGUGAAGGUUGAUGGACUUUGUGGAGAUUGAAUGCUUUUUCCUUUUAUUUUUUCUUUCUUAUUGUAAAGGAUUUUAAGCAUUUCUACAUCUGCAACUGCAUAGUAAACCUCAAAAGGUUUCGGAGAAGAGAACUUGUUUCUCUGUUCUAA